AUGGCACCAACCACUAAACCAAACCCUACUGGUUCUAGCGUAGAUGGAAAGGCUUUCAACUUGUCAGAUCUGCGUGAUAUCUUGUUGACGUCAAAUGAAAAUUUGCAAGCUACCCUACAAUCGUCACUAGACACCAUGACUCAAGCUAUUGACCGACUUAUCACAGCCCAGACCAACCGACCUGCGACUACGGUAAAGCGAACUGCUCACUUACCGAUCGUCGAACAUCGCCCUCGCACCGAAGCUUACGGCCGUGACCUGGAACAACGUCCGCACGAUUCAAGGUGGGAGUCAAGUUUCCGCGUGGAAAUUCCAGAAUUUCACAGGGGAAUUCGAGGAGAUGCGUUGCUGGAUUGGCUUUUUGCUGUCGAAGAGAUACUUGAUUUCAAAUCUGUACCGGAUGAUCGCCGAGUUGCUCUUGUGGUGACGCGUUUUCGUGGCCAUGCGGCGUCAUGGUGGCAGCAAACCAAAGCUACUCGAUCGAGAAGUGGUAAAGAUCCCAUACGUUCUUGGGAAAAGCUCAAGAAGAAGUUAAAAGAAACAUUCAUGCCACAUAACUAUGACCGUACGAUUUACACCAAGUUACAAAACUUGCGUCAAGGUUCGCGUACCGUGGAUGAAUAUGCUGAGGAGUUCUACUUGCUACUAUCGCGAAAUGAAGUUUAUGACAGCCAAGUUCAACUUGUCUCUCGCUUCAUUGGAGGCUUACGUCUUCAACUCCAAAACGCAAUGUGCCAGUUUGAUCCUGAUUCGGUUGCUGAAGCUCAUCGCCGUGCGUCUUCGUUUGAACAGCAGCAGCGAACACCUUCAUGGUCAACUCCUGGCUCUCGUUCUCGCAGCUCUGACCAAAGUCCUGUUCCGGGUGGUUUUUCUCCUCGUAACGCUGUUGACCAACCAAAGAUGGACAACAAACCAGUGGUUAAAGAAGAUGAUCCAGGCCUUCGUCGGUCUUCUCGCAAUGCUUUGCGCUGUUUCGCUUGUGGCGAGCCUGGGCACCGCCAAACGGCCUGUCCCAACUACAAACGUGGAUGGUUGUUUACUGAAGAGAACCUAAAAGACGACGAUGACGUGUGUGAUGACCUUACUUCAGUAGAGAAAGAGACGGAGGAACCUCUUCAUCACACGAGUGGCGACAAGGGUAUCUCUUUAGUCUUAAACAGAACGUGUCUCACUCCACAGCAACGUGAGGAACAUUGGCUUCGCACCAACAUUUUCAGGUCCUCAUGUACGAUCCGAGACCGCAUCUGUACCUUCAUCAUCGACUCCGGCAGCUCUAGGAACGUCGUUUCAGCCUCUGCUCUCCAGAAGCUUGGCAUCCCUUCCGAACCUCACCCGACCCCGUACUCUCUCACUUGGUUCCAAGACGGUGUUGCUACAAAGGUCUCUCGUCGAGCUUUGGUUCCAUUUUCUAUUGGCCCAUACUACAAGGACCGUUUCUAUUUCGACGUAGCUCACAUGGACAUUUGUCAUCUGAUCCUUGGGCGGCCUUGGGAAUUCCACCGCAAGAUCAUUCAUGACGGUGAGGCCAACACAUAUCAGUUCUAUUGGGAGACGCACAAGAUACUGCUACUUCCUUCACCGGAGCCAUCGUUGUCUCCUCCUCUCCCUCGAGCUUCCCCAACGUCUACUCUUGCUGCCCCUAGUCCAAUUCUUUGUUCUCACGCCGAUUUCGAACUGGCAUUUCGCGAAGAAGGUAUGGCUCUCGCCAUGAUCCCCCUCUAUUCGGCCAAUACUAGCAACCCCGCGGUAAUUCCCCAAGCGUUUGAAUCAUUACUAGCUGAAUUUGCGGACGUGUUCCCCUCUGAUCUCCCCUUGGGUUUGCCUCCGUUACGUGACAUACAACAUCACAUUGACCUUGUUCCGGGUGCAUCGCUUCCUAAUCGACCACACUAUCGGAUGAGCCCUAGUGAGCAUGAAGAAUUACGUCGACAAGUGGAGGAUUUAUUACGGAAAGGUCAUAUCCGGGAGAGUCUCAGCCCGUGUGCUGUACCGGCAUUGCUCAUCCCUAAGAAAGACGGCACGUGGCGAAUGUGUGCUGAUAGUCGCGCUAUUAACAAGAUUACCGUCCGCUACCGGUUUCCUAUUCCUCGGCUAGACGAUUUACUUGAUUAA